AUGACAAACAUAUUUGAAAAGCAGCCAUCUCCUGAAGCUUCAAACUAUGCAUCAAGCAGGGGUGUUUCUGGGGAUGAUAAGGAAAUUGGGUAUAGAGGUGGAACAUCUAAGCGAUAUCUUUUGGCCAACAAUUCAUCUCUUCAUUUCUCAACCAUCAAAUUUGACAUGAAUUGCGCCCGAAUGGUGAUGGCAGAGCUGGUAGGUACUUUUAUUCUGAUGUUCUGUGUAUCUGGAAUCAUUGCAAGCACACAAUUGCAAAAUGGUGCAGUGGGCCUUCUGGAGUAUGCAGCUACAGCAGGAUUAACUGUGGUUGUGAUAAUUUUCUCAAUAGGACCAAUAUCUUGUGCCCAUGUUAACCCUGCUGUUACAAUAGCCUUUGCAACAAUUGGUCAAUUUCCAUGGUUCAAGGUUCCAAUUUACAUAAUAUCACAGUUAGUAGGUUCUGUGUUGGGAACAUAUAUAGGUAGCCUUGUUUAUGGCAUAAAACCAGAUGUGAUGAUGACCAAGCCAAUGCAAGGGUGCAACUCUGCCUUCUGGGUGGAGCUUAUUGCAACUUUCAUCAUCAUGUUCCUGGUUGUAGCUUUGACAUCUGAACCUCAAUCUGUAAGGAAUAAAGAUGAAAUUUGCAUAUUGAAGUUUCUUAAUAAUGAACUAGAAUUCCAUUUUGUGAUAGCUAAAUGUUGA